AUGGCGACGUCUACGAGGUAUACACAUGGUGUACUCACCCUCACUCCGCCGGAAAAAGGCAGCUUUCCUCUGGACCACAAAGGAAUAUGCACCGAUUUGAUGCUCGAAUGGACCAAAUGCAUGUCGAAAAGCCAAUGGUGCAAUGAGAAGUGUCACAUUGAAUCAGCCGCUUAUCUGCAUUGUCGCAUCAGACACGGUCUGAUGGCACCAGAAGAGCCUCAGCGUUUGGGCUUCACUCCAGAGGAGUGGGACCAAGCUAGCAGAUUGAGCAUGGAAAAAUAA